CUCAAUUCGUUUGAUGGAGGAAGUAUGGUUUCAGAUGUACGCAGGACUAGCGAACAACGGUCACGACCGGAUGUAUUCUACAAAUGUGAAAGGGGAACGCAGACCAACGUGAUCGAAACGCGCGACGAUGCUGUUGACUGCAAAUCGAUUCAACGCUCCACAUUCUCUGGCCAGGUAGAUCAAGCAAUAAUAUGUGAUGCGUAUGAUCAACAAAAGGAAAAGCGUCCAUUAACGAGCGAAUCGAAAGUCAAGGAAUCCACCUUCCAAAUGAAUAGCAGGGCACAGCCGGAAUAUGUGAAAAACCUUGUGUACAAUUUGCGUGUCCUGGAACGCAUGGUUUGUCAAAAUCAAAUAGAUGACAUUUUGAUGGACUACGUUGUGUGGAACGACCCAGCUGAUGAAUAUCGGCAACACGGAAGCCUAUAUCCACUAUGGCGAAUCAAGCAUACUGAAGUACGGGCAAGACAUCUACCAGUUAGUUGCAUAGAAUGGUCAAAUGCCUAUAUGGACUUACUGUAUAUAGGAUACGGAUCAUUAUGCAUCUCACGAAACUCAGAGUUUCGGAAAUGCGACCAUCCGGCCAGUAGUCUAUCACUGAGCCAUUUGUCCACAGGUGUUUGCACAGGGGGCGAAAUAGCCCAAGUGGUUAGAGCGCGAAUUUACCGACCGGAAGGUCCGUGGUUCGAACCCGACAUUCGGCACUCGACUUCCCCUGUCUAG